AUGGAGGAAUAUGAGAACUUGGGGCACAUGACGCAAGUGGAUAUUGAUUCCAUCAUUAAACCUAGCUACUUCAUUCCUCACCAUUGCAUUGUGAGACCCCAAAGCCGCACUACAAAAUUACGUGUGGUGUUCGACGCAUCAGCAAAAUCGUCCACUGGCAUGUCUUUGAACGACCUCAUGUAUACCGGACCCACUGUUCAGAGCGAGCUUUCCACCAUUUUACUUCGCUUCCGUUUGCCCAGGUUCGUCUUCACCACAGAUGUAGAAAAAAUGUAUCGACAGAUUCUCAUUCAACCGGACGAGCGCAAAUUCCAACUUAUCAUCUUGCGAAAGGAUUCAAGCCUACUAAUAAAGCAUUAUCAGCUAAAUACAAUCACAUAUGGGACAAAAUCUGCACCAUAUUUCGCCAACAAAUGUUUGCAGAAAAUUGCAAAAGAAAAUGCAUUACAAUAUCCUCUUGGUGAUGAGUUUCUACAGGACAAUUUUUAUGUAGAUGACGGAAUUGGUGGGUCAGACAGCUUAACUACGACGAUGGAAAUCCAACAGCAACUGAUACACAUUUUAAAACAACGUGGUCUUAACCUAAGAAAAUGGUGCGCCAAUCACUCACAAUUACUGCAAAAUGUUGGCAUGGAGGAACAAGAAGUUGACAUAGACUUUGACAAUGACAUCAAUCAAACUAUUAAAACGUUGGGGUUAACAUGGAUACCUAAUUCGAUUCUGCGUAAAGGUAUGCCUUGGGAGCUGUAG